AUGCAAUCGGGCAGAGCGAACGAAGGCCGAAAAUACGACGAUGAGUGCGAAAAGCUGAAACUCAAGGAUGAGUUGGAGAGAUCCAAGCACUACUUGCAGCAGAUUUGUCCGUCUUCUGGGGAUAGCUUAUCCCAUCAUCUCAAUGAAGUUUUAACGAAGAUACUGAAGGAGCGGCCAAAAGAUGCGAUCGCGUCAUUCGAGAAAUACAGUCGGGAAUUGCGAGCUCAAAAGUUUUCGAAUCAAAAUCGUCAUCUGCGCGAUUUGUACGAGCCACCUCCGGCCUACGACGAGGCCAAACGACUCGUUGAACUAUUUAAAGUAAGAGAGAAGCGAGCGAUAAUAUUAAGAGAAAGCUCGAAAUUUGAUUAAAAAGACGAGGAGAGCCUCGUCGAAAUGAGGCAAAACGCACCGGAUCUGCAGAAGCUAUUUUACUACUUCCAGCAAGUCGGCGUAGCUCUACCACGAGACGAUAUCGUCUACCUCGGUCUGAGCAUCAGAAAAUUGAUCGCCAAGGAGAAGAUAAAAAAUGUGCGCUUCUGGGGAAAAAUCAUAGGCAACCCGAGAAACUACUACAUCAUCGAGGCGUCCUUAACGGACGAGGAGCUGCAGCGUCGAUUAGAAGAAGCGGAGGUAGGGUCACGCCUGAGCGUAACGACCCGCUCCUGCACCAACGAGUCGCAAGAGCUCGCUGAAAAUGUAGCCCUGGAGCAGGCACUGGCGACCAAUCUAUUGAACGAGGCCAGAGAAGCCGAGUCCAUUUCCACGGCUGACGACAAAGCGAGACUGCAGCUUGUCUAUCCGCCGAUGCCGAAAAACCCGUGGCAGCCGACGCCGGAAGUAGCGCCGGAAAAAAUUGGCACUGGCGCGAACGCAAAGGUAUAUUUCGUAUGCAAUCGUCCAGGCUUGGACGGAUGGACGGAACUUCCCCCCGUGACGCCGGCACAAAUCGUGGUGGCUCGACAGACGGUCUAUAUGUUUAGCGGUACGUUGGGCAAGCAGGUUCAUACGUAUCCGCCUUUUCCCGGAUGCGAGAAGAAUUAUCUGCGCGCCCAGAUUGCUCGCAUCGAAGCGGCCACGCACUGUUCCCCGCUGGGCUAUUUUACGUUCGGCCGAGGAGGAGCCAGAGGCGAGAAGGACAACGACGAAUUCGAGGAGGAGGACGAGGAGGACGACGACGACGAAGAGGACGACGGAGAGGAGGGCGAGGGCGAGAGACGAAAGGAUGGCGGCGAUAUCGCGAUAAAUCGCAAUUACGAGCAGCCCGCGCUCAAGGACCUAAUCGAUCCGUCGAUGUGCAAUUGGUGUCACCACAGUCCUUACCUGCUGAAGCAGGGCCGCACCGUCUGGCUCGAGCCAGGAAAGACCGAGGACGACGUCGACGACGCCAGCCAGGACGAGUACGAGGGCGAGGACGAAUCCGAGGAAGGCAUGGAGGACGACAACGAGGAGGAAAGGCGCAGCUCGAGAAUCAGCCGGAAGGCGAAAGAGCUCGGAUACGAGAAGGAAAUAGGGCCACCGCUUUUGACUCCGCUGUCCGAAGACGUGGCUGCGGACGGGGCGAUCCCGUGGUCGGCGAGGCUCUCCUCCUCUGCCCAGCCAGACGUGGCGGUCGCCCUCUUACGAUCCAAUAUCUGGCCCGGGGCUUACACCUUUGCCGCUGACAAAUGCUUCGGCAACGUCUACAUCGGCUGGGGCACGAAGCGCGAGGCCUACAAUUACAGUCCGCCGGCGAUGCCCCCGGUGCAGGAGCAGUAUGUGCCCGCCUCGGACCUCGAGUUCCAGGAGGAGACAGAUCCGACCCCCGCGGACGAGGAGGCAUGGCGCAUCUCGCAGCUGCCGCCCGAGCGAGACGACGGUUCGUACAUAUCUCUUCUGCAGAAGAAGAGGGGCUUUAUCAUCGACGGCCCCCGCCGAUAA